AAACCGCGGAAGAGCACGACGGGAAAGCCCAAGGUCAAGGAGAUCAUUGAUGAGUGCACACGAGAGCGGCUGGGGUAUGAGGUGCGGCAAAAGUGCCGGAACAUCGAGGACAUCUGCAUCUCUUGUGGGAGCCUCAAUGUCACCCUGGAACACCCCCUCUUCAUUGGAGGAAUGUGCCAAAAUUGCAAGAACUGUUUCCUGGAACGCGCCUACCAGUAUGACGACGAUGGCUAUCAGUCCUACUGCACCAUCUGCUGUGGGGGACACGAGGUGCUCAUGUGUGGGAACAACAACUGCUGCAGGUGCUUCUGUGUGGACUGUGUGGCCCUCUUGGUGGGGCCGGGGGCUGCGCAGGCAGCCAUUAAGGAAGACCCCUGGAAAUGCUACAUGUGCGGCCACAAGGGCACCUACGGGCUGCUGCGGCGUCGGGACGACUGGCCCUCUCAGCUCCAGAUGUUCUUUGCCAAUAACCACGACCAGGAAUUUGACCCUCCGAAGGUUUACCCGCCUGUCCCAGCUGAAAAGAGGAAGCCCAUCUGGGUGCUGUCUCUCUUUGAUGGAAUUGCUACAGGGCUCCUGGUGCUGAAGGACUUGGGCAUCCAGGUGGACCGCUACAUCGCCUCGGAGGUGUGCGAGGACUCCAUCACGGUGGGCAUGGUGCGGCACCAGGGGAAGAUCAUGUACGUGGGGGACGUCCGCAGCGUCACACAGAAGCACAUCCAGGAAAGGGGCCCAUUUGACCUUGUGAUCGGGGGCAGCCCCUGCAACGACCUCUCCAUUGUCAACCCUGCCCGCAAGGGGCUGUAUGAGGGCACUGGCCGGCUCUUCUUUGAGUUCUACCACCUCCUGCAUGACGCACAGCCCAAGGAGGGAGAUGAUCGCCCCUUCUUCUGGCUCUUUGAGAAUGUGGUGGCCAAGGGCGUUAGUGACAAGAGGGACAUCUCGCGAUUUCUUGAGUCCAACCCCGUCAUGAUUGAUGCCAAAGAAGUGUCGGCCGCACACAGAGCUCCCGAUAUGAACGGGCUGUUGGCAUCCACUGUGAAUGAUAAGCUGGAGCUGCAGGAGUGUCUGGAGCAUGGCAGGAUAGCCAAGUUCAGCAAAGUGAGGACCAUCACUACCAGGUCAAACUCCAUAAAGCAGGGCAAAGACCAGCACUUCCCCGUCUUCAUGAACGAGAAGGAGGACAUCCUGUGGUGCACUGAGAUGGAAAGAGUGUUUGGCUUUCCUGUGCACUAUACCGACGUCUCCAACGUGAGCCGCUUGGCGAGACAAAGGCUGCUGGGCCGGUCGUGGAGCGUGCCCGUGAUCCGCCACCUCUUCGCUCCGCUGAAGGAAUACUCUGCUUGUGUGUAAGGGACAUGGGGGCAAACUGAGGUAGUGACACAGUUAAACAAACAAACAGCAAAAACCACAAAGCACAAUAAAACACCACAAACGUGGAGAUGGAGAGAAGUAUCAGCACCCAGAAGAGAAAAAGGAAUUUAAAGC